AUGCCAAGACCAACACGAGAGUCAGAUGACAUAGAAGAAUUGAUUGAAGCUGAAUCCAUGUCAUCUCCUGUACCAGAUAUUCAAGAAAAAGUUCAGCUGCCGAGAAAUCCUCGCAGAGCUGACUCUGCAGCAAGGGAGACGGUUGAGGCAAGUCCGAUCACCCCAAGAUCAGGUCAAGUCUUUCCAAGCCAACGAGAGAUCGACAAGGAGGUCAUAGACGCCAUCUCCCAGGGAAACCUCUCGAGAUUGAAGUCAGCAAUAGUGCUGGGGGACAUCGGCAUCAACGACCCCCUUGACAUCAGCACGGGCAGGAAUGCUCUACACAUCGCGUCUGCCACAGGUCGCACAGAGAUCGUCUUGUUUCUGCUGGAAGAGGCAGGGGCAGACAUCAUGUGCAAAGACUUCUACGGGAAGGAUGCACGUUCCUUGGCGCUUCAGAAUCAUCACUUGGACCUGGCCAACUACUUUGCUCUCUUCCUUGAGGGGCAUUUUGAAGAAGAAGAGUCGUUGUGA